AUUAGGGUUUGCACAAACCCUAGACGGCGGAGGCGCGCAGGAGGAGAAGCUCGGCAGCAAAGCUCGUCGAAAAUGGUGAAGUUCUUGAAGCCCAACAAGGCUGUGAUCGUCCUCCAGGGCCGGUACGCCGGCCGCAAGGCCGUCAUCAUCCGCUCCUUCGACGAGGGUACCCGCGACCGCCCCUACGGCCACUGCCUCGUCGCCGGCAUCUCCAAGUACCCUAAGAAAGUCAUCCGCAAGGAUUCUGCGAAGAAGACCGCCAAGAAAUCCAGGGUCAAGGCCUUCCUUAAGGUCGUGAACUACAACCACAUCAUGCCCACCAGGUACACCCUCGAUGUUGAUCUGAAGGAUGUUGUCACUCUUGAUGUGCUCCAGUCUCGGGACAAGAAGGUCGUGGCUUGCAAGGAGACAAAGGCUCGGCUUGAGGAGCGGUUCAAAACUGGCAAAAAUCGAUGGUUCUUCACCAAGCUCAGGUUCUAAACCAUUAUCUUAAUCGGUGGUUUUACUACGAUUAUGUUAUCAGAUUUUGGUUUGUUUUCAUAGUUUGUUUUGAUGUGUUGAGAUGGACCUGUGUUUGCAUUUGUUAUGGAUUUAGUACUUUCUUCUACAUGAAUCUAUGAAUUUUUCAUUAAAUGAUGUUC